UGGGGGGUGGGGGUGGGGGUGGGGGGAGCGGAGGAAAACCGGGGCUGAACCCCGCCGCCCCCUCCCCGUGCCCGAGCGGCGGAGCGGCCCCGGCGGCGCAAAAUGGCCACGGCGCUGCACAAGCCCCUCAAAUGCCUCGGCGAGGAGUUCUACCGCGAGGCGCUGGAGCACUGCCGCAGCUACAACGCGCGCCUCUGCGCCGAGCGCAGCCUGCGCCUGCCCUUCCUCGACUCCCAGACCGGCGUCGCCCAGAACAACUGCUACAUCUGGAUGGAGAAGAACCACCGCGGGCCCGGGCUGGCGCCGGGGCAGAUCUACACGUACCCGGCGCGUUGUUGGCGCAAGAAGCGGCGGCUGAACAUCCUGGAGGACCCGCGGCUGCGGCCCUACUGCGAGGCGCCCCUGAAGAAGGAGGGGGGGCUCCCCGAGGGGCCGGUGCUGGAGGCGCUGCUCUGCGCCGAGCCCGGGGACAAGAAGGUGGAGCUGAAGGAGGAGGAGGCGACGCUGGAGUGCCCGAAGCAGCCGACGGGCGAAUUCCCCCACGAGCCCGAGGGGGACGAGCUGGAGGAUGACACCCCCCGCCGCAAGAACAAAACCAAGGGCAAGGCGUACGGCCUCGGAGCCGUGCGGAAGCGACAAGAUGCCACCGCGCUGGAGGACCGGGACAAGCCCUACGUGUGUGACAUCUGUGGGAAGCGCUACAAGAACCGCCCGGGGCUGAGCUACCACUACACCCACACGCACUUGGCCGAGGAGGAAGGCGAAGAGCACGGCGAGCGCCUGCCCCUCCCGCGCAGGAACCACCACAAGCAGUUUUACAAAGAGCUGCCCUGGGUGCCCGAGCCCCCGCGGCGGAGCGCAGCUCGCCCCGCCCCUGAAGCCCCCCCGCCCCCCCCCGGGCUCUGCGGGUUCUGCCUGGGGGGGGCCCGCCGGGGGGGGGGUCCCGAGGAGCUGGUGUGCUGCGCCGACUGCGGCCGCGCCGGCCACCCCUCGUGCCUCCAGUUCACGGUGAACAUGACGGCGGCCGUGCGCACCUACCGCUGGCAGUGCAUCGAGUGCAAGUCCUGCAGCCUCUGCGGCACCUCCGAGAACGACGAUCAGCUGCUCUUCUGCGACGACUGCGACCGCGGGUACCACAUGUAUUGCUUGAGCCCCCCCAUGGCGGAGCCCCCCGAAGGCAGCUGGAGCUGUCACCUCUGCCUGCGGCAGCUGAAGGAGAAGGCGUCAGCCUACAUCACCCUCACUUAGGGGGGGGGGGCGCGGGGGUGGCUGGACCCCCCCCCUCCUCCCCCGCACCCCAAAACAACCCCCCCGCACCCCAAAAAACACC